CGUAGUGAACACAACGGCGGAAAAUGGCGCCCAGCUCGAAAUCAGAAAAGGACGGUAACAAACAAACGCAGAGAAAACAUAAAGAACAUGUCGUCAAGCUCCUGAACCGUGGAAAGCUGUCAGGCCAGUAUUCUCAGCGCUUGUUCAGGAAACUACCACCGCGUGUCUGUGUUCCCCUGAAGAACAUAGUCAGCGAGGAGUUCCUCCGAGCAGGACACAUCUUCCUGGGGUUCACUAAGUGUGGUCGUUACGUGCUGUCCUACACCAGUGACUGUGGAGAGGACGAUGACUUCUCCUUCUACACCUACCACCUCUACUGGUGGGAGUUCAACCUGCACAGCAGACUCAAACAGGUGCACCAUGUGCGUCUGUUUACAGGUGAGGACAUCUACAGUGAUCUCUACCUGACAGUGUGUGAGUGGCCCAACGACCACUCCAAGAUCGUCAUCUUUGGCUUCAAUACUCGUAGCUCCAGCUCAGUGUUGAUGAAUCUGAUGAUGAGUGAUGAGAACAACAGAGAUAUCUACAUCACCAUCGCCUCCAUGCCUCCUCCUAGACCCUGCACUCAGUGCUGCCCUACAAACACCUCUACCAUACGCACAGGUAGUGGAGAGUGUCUGGAGCAUGGCUAUAUGUUGAACAGUCGGUACCAGGUGGUCUACCCCUUCCCCACCUUCCAGCCUGCCUUCCAGCUGAAGAAAGACCAGGUCAUCCUCCUCAACACCUCCUAUUCCCUGGUGGCCUGCUCUGUGUCCCUCUGUCCAGCAGGUGAGCAGGGUCAGUCUUCUCAGAUCCUGUUCAGAAAGAGAGCAUCAGCCCCCACCUCAGAACAUCAACCCCCUCCAUCGCCCUCUUCAUCCUCCUCCUCUUCCUCUCACGGGUCUCCCAACAGCCGCCCGCUAACCGCCAAGUCAAGCCCCGCCCCUCUCUCCCCUAGCCAAUCACAAGCCGCCGCCCGGGCGCGAGAGUUCGCCGCCGACCUCUUCAGACGUGCCCAGGGAGGAGGGAGGGAAAACGAGGGAGGAGAGAGGAGAGGGAAAACGGAGAGGAGGGAAGAGGGAGAGGGGAAUGUCGUGACUGAGAGAGAAGGGGUGAGCAUGGAGAGAGAACGGAGGGAGGAGACACAAACGGAUAAACUGACCAGCUCGCCACAGACUUCCGCUUCAGCUGGGAACCAAAGUUUGUCGCGACCUUUGCAAGAGGACUCUGUUCAGUGUGGCACAGUGAUGUCUCCUGCCUCCUCGGCCUCCUCGUCCCCCCCAACUCCUCAGUCUUCUCAGGAAGCAGGCUGCAGCGAGCCGGGAUAUGUCAACUACACACGCUUGCAGUACCGCAUGCCGCAGCCGGGGGCGCCAGAGCAGGAUGCAGGAGGUUAUGAGGAUGAGAAGGUCCAGCUUCCCUUCACUGUGACUGACCUGAAGGGACGCAACCUACAGCUGGUCACUGGGCCCCACAACGGACAGACUGUUUGUGUGGAGCAGUUGACUCUGGACUUUGAGUACCUGAUCAACGAGGUGAUCCGGAGCGACGCCCGCUGGGCUCCUCAGUUCUGCUCCUUCAACGACUACGAUGUUGUCAUACUGGAGGUGUGUCCGGAGACUAACACGGUGGUGAUCAACAUUGGUCUGCUGCUGCUGGCCUUCUCCAACCCUGAAGAGGAACACUGCAGGCCCAACACCUACCACUCCAGUCUGCAGGUGAGCUGGGACCUCAACACAGGAGUGUGUCACACCGUCGGGGUUGGUGACCUCACUGAGGUCAAGGGUCAGACCAGUGGCAGUGUAUGGAGUUCCUACAGGAAGUCUUGUGUUAACACCGUAAUGAAGUGGCUGGUUCCAGAGAGCAGCUCUCGCUAUAUCAACCGCAUGACCAACGAGGCCCUGCACAAAGGUUCCUCUCUCCAGGUGUUAACUAAUGUGAUGUUUGUCCCUCUCUCUCUCUUCUGUCUAGGUUCCUCUCUACAGGUGUUAACUAAUGUGAUGUUUGUCCCCCCCUCUCUCUUCUGUCUAGGUUCCUCUCUCCAGGUGUUAACUAAUGUGAUGUUUGUCCCCCUCCUCUCUUCUGUCUAGGUUCCUCUCUACAGGUGUUAACUAAUGUGAUGUUUGUCCCCCCCUCUCUCUUCUGUCUAGGUUCCUCUCUCCAGGUGUUAGCUAAUGUGAUGUUUGUCCCCCCCUCUCUCUUCUGUCUAGGUUCCUCUCUCCAGGUGUUAACUAAUGUGAUGUUUGUCCCCCCCUCUCUCUUCU